CGUCCUACAAAAAGGACUUGCGAUCGAACCGGGUUCUCAGUUGCUAAUAGAACUACUCCAAUACCGAUCAUACUUUUAAUUAACAUUACCGUUGAGUACUUUAUAGUUAUGCUAUACUUAGCUUCUCAAUGAAGUCUCGUAAGAAGAAAAUAAUGCGUUUAAUAUUGGUAAUUACGAUUGCAAUCUUCGGAGGAUAUUCAGUCGGAGGACAAGAAACCAGUUCACAACGUGAUCCUUCAUCUUAUGUCGUAAGAGUACGACCAAAGACACGUAUUGUUGGUGGAUCACGGCCAUUUGUUGAAUUUCCUCUAUCGACUGCAAUUGGUUUUGGUAAACGUGAUAAUAAUUAUUUUAAUGAAAAUUUCGAACAAAAAAUGAAACGUACGCAUCGUGCUGUUAUUUACUCCGCUAAAAAUAAUCCUCGACAAAAUCCAAUUUAUUGGCUUAUGAAGCUCGUGAGAAGAUAUCCGGGACUUGAAUAAAACAGAAUAAAAUAUCCAAGUAUUCA